UAAUUUAUGAUCGGCAAAAAAAAAAAUUUCAGUUUUAAAACCUGUAUUUUUUUUAUUUAUUUAUUUUUGUUUUGUGCGCUGAAUUUGUGUACGCGAUUAUAUAUUGUGUGUAUGCAAGUGUGUACGUGUGAAAGAAGAGCCCAAAACCCAAGCAACCUUCGCAGAAUCUCGCAUCUUAACCACUUUUUUGUUUGGUCUUAUUUGUUGUUGUUUUUGACUGUUUUUGCGAAUAAGUUUUUAUCAAAGUAGUUUUUGUUGUUUUGUUAACGUUUUCAUAGUUACAUGCUUACGACUUGCGAGUACUUUGUUUGUUUACUAAGUAAUAGUUGUAGCAGCCGAAGUAGUAGUAAAACAACUAUUGCUUACUUGUGUGCGUUUAUGGGCUUGGGAAUAAGUUUGCAGUGAAUUGCGGUUAAUAAUAAUAAUAUUUGAAAAAAGGAAAAAAAAAAAAGAAACCAAUCACAUACUUAAGCUUGAACGUAAUGUUUGGCAAACUCUGUGAACGAAUUGCAUUAAAUCGAAUUAUUAUCUCACAAAAUAUAAAAAAAAUUUUUUUUUUUUUAUUAAAUUCAUCUUAAUACAAGUCAUGUAUUGUUUGGGAGUUUCCAGAAAACCUAAAAAUUGCAAUUAAUUAUUGUUGGCGUCUGGAGAAUUGAAUGUGAAAACAAAGACAAUAAUCAGUUAACAGAGGCUAACAAAGAAAGUCAAAAAAGAAAGUUAUAACAACUAGAAAACUUACGGAAUUCUUUUGCAUCAUCAUCAUCAUCAUCAUCAUCAUCAUCGUUAUCAUCAUAAAAACGCGUUGCGCGCUUUUACAAUAUAACUUCAGUUCUCGUUUUCUUUGCCGCCUGUUUCUUGUUCUUUAUUGUCGCACUUUUUCCACUUUUCUACUUUGAUUACAAAUUACCGACACAUCUGGUCUGUUUUGUCGUCACUCUUGCUGCCGUAACUUCAGUUAGUUAAAAAAAAAAAUUGAAGCAUUACGUACGCACAUAAACAAAUAUAAAAAAAUGGGUACAAAGAUUGAAUACGUUGACAGCACACAUCUGUAUGCAACCAAAUAUAUACGUAAUUCCAAAGCCAUUGCUGUUCUCUGGGCCAUAUUCACUAUAUGUUAUGCUAUUAUUGGUAUUGUGGCAUUUGUCACACCAGAAUGGGUGGGUGAUCCGGAUAGCGAGAGCGCUGGCCGUUUGGGUCUUUGGCAAGUAUGCCAAAAGGAUGAAAUAUUUGAUAAUUGCCAGCGCAGAUGGGAGAAUAUAAUUGCAGUUCCAACAUUUUCAUUUCAGCUGGCCACGUUAUUUAUGGCUGCUUCGGUGAUAUUGGCUUUACUUACAAUUUGUUUCUUAAUAUUAGUUAUAUUUAUGAAAUCGACACGAGUCUUUCAUGUAUGCGGUUGGAUGCAAAUCGUUUCAUCGAUUUGCAUGAUAGUUGCUUGUUGUGCUUUUCCAUUCGGUUGGAAUUCCGAUGAUUUUCGUAAAAUAUGCGGACCAGAAGCGAAUCGUUUCGAAUUAGGUCUAUGCGGUAUACGUUGGGCUUAUCCUCUUGCCAUUAUCGGAUGCAUAGACGGUGUCGUGUUGUCAACAUUAGCAUUUAUAUUGGCCACUCGACAUGUACGACUCCAGCCGGAUCCUUUAUAUCAAAAUUCAUUAUUUAAAGGAGAAAUCAACAAUGGUUAUAUAACCGAUGCAGUAAGUUUAGCUGGUUCACGUAAAAAUCUUAAUUUACAACCGAUAUUAUUGGUGGCACCGCCAGGUGAUGAUACUUUGUCACAAUUUUCAAGUCGUACGCCCAAUCAUCGAUAUAAUCGACCGGAUUAUCACAACUCUAUGCAUCAAUUUUAGUUAAUAGCUUAGUUAGUGAUACUGCA